UUUAAAUGUUUGAUAGUAGCCUAUUAUGAUAUUUCCACAUUUUCACAGGAUUCCUAUAGUUGUAUAAGGCUAAUGCAAGUGGACAUCGGUCAUCUUGAGUGUUUUUUUAUUGGAGUGUAAGUUGGCCUCUCCUUGCUGUGGGAUCCGGGGAUGCUGCUUCACUCGCGGCUUUGAGCAGAUUCUUUACCGUCUCCACGACAACCACAACCUGACGCAACUUACGCCCCUCCUCCAUCCGAGCCUCUCAUCUCAUUCAAGAAACAAGUGUAGAGUAAAAGCAGUGUUAUUGUGCUCUCCAGUAGAGCAGGACGCGAAGACUACAAGUGCCUGAUAAACUACUCUGAAGGAAAGGAUCAAGAAGCAAGAGAUGUCUGGAUGACUACACUACCAGGAUGAUACUGCUGGAGAAAUGGAAGGUCAAUAUAUGCAUUGUUGAUUUAUUUUAUAGCCCCACAGACUCACCAUCCAUGGCCAUGGAUGCGAGCUCAAUACCUCAGAUUAAUAUAGAGGACUAUGAUGGCCUUGAGGUUGCCCCAGAUGAUCAUUUGAGAAACCUGAAAGCACUGACUGAGAAGCUGAGACUUGAAACCAGAAGGCCGUCGUAUCUGGAGUGGAAGGAACGAGUGGAAGCUCAGAGCUCCAGAGGCUCGGCCGCGCCGGAGAGAUCAUCAGAGCUGGAGAACGGUGAUGGACUGAAGCCCAGCGCGACACCUCUGAGGAACAUUGAGAAUUCCCAAGUGACUGCAGGAAACGGCCUGAUCUCUAAAAGCCUUGGAGGAUUCGAUAAUAUUGACGAAGCUCUGGUUUGGCUUAGAAAAGAACUGAUGGAGAUGCGCAUCCAGGACCAGCAGUUGGCUCGCCAGCUCAUGCGACUACGCGGUGACAUCAACAAACUCAAAGUGGAGCAGACGUGUCACCUGCAUCGUCGAAUGCUCAAUGACGCCACCUUUGGCCUGGAGGAACGUGACGAGCUGUCGGAUCUUUUGUGCGAUGGACCCGUCACGCCGGGGUUCGGCCUCUCUUCACCACUGCGCCUCAUUGGUGUCACAAAGAUGAACAUCAACUCCAGACGCUUCUCUCUUUGCUAGCCAUUUACUGAGAGCAAAACAAGAGAAUAAGCGACUCAAAAGUGAAAUGAAUAACUGAAACCCAUGAGAUCUGUUGUCACAGAACAUCCUGUGCCUCUUGGUCAAUGUACUUGUGCCAGUGAAACCAUCUGAAUUCAUUGAAUGAACAAUAGACAAUGACUUCUACAAAAUGUCUGACCCAUCAGCCAUGGCUUUAUGCCUUAGAUACAGUCCUUGUUGUGGUCAUGAGAUAUGUUUUGAAAAAUGUUUUCCACCCCGUACGUUCAAUUUUAGUGCUCCAUCACCCCCAAAACACCCCCCAGACUUACAAAAUCAUAUUGGGUUUCUUUUGUUGCACAGACCUGGCAACCCUGAAAGCGACCCCAUAAUGCAUUGCGAUAAGCUUAGUAAAGCAAUACAUACAAGAUUAUGGAUGGGAUGUUAAUUAUGAAUAAACGUGCAUAUCAUUCAGUAGAUAAUAUUACACUUAUCACUUGGCUAUUUACCCACAUAAGUAAAUAAUUAGACACAAAUUAUUGACUUGAGUUGAAAUAUUUUAUUAGCUCUUUAAACGCAAAGCUUUCACAAAGAAAGCAUUUGCUAGCAGGCAGCAAGUUCAAACUAGAUGGACAUUUAAGGGAUAUGGUACAGUCAUACCACUUAUUACGCAGCAUUUCGUCACAUGAAUAAUUACUGGGAUAAGAGAUAUUGAUUUGAGACUGUUUUAAAAUCUUACCUGUUUGUCAUCUUAUAAUCCAUUACAGUGUACAAAACAAUCGUUGCAAAAUGGCAGCAGCAGCGUUUGUAUGAAACGAGAGAGAGAGUCUGCAAUACCGGAUAACAUAAUUAAAUAACUGUACACACAAUAUUGAUUUGAGUUUUAAUAUUAGCUCACCAAACGCAAAACUUCCACGUGGAAAAAGCAGUUCUAGCAAGAGUAAAGCACUGAGUUCAGUUACCCAGAUGAGCCUGUGUUAUCAGUUUUUAGCGGUUGUUAUCGGGGGAUAACAUACCGUUGGAUGGCGCGAUUGACCAAUCAGAAUCAAGUAUUCCACAGAGCCGUGUAAUAAUGAAAAGUAUUGAUUAAUGUAAUUUAAAUGUGUUAUUUUCUAAUAUUUUUGUGUAUUUUUAUUCUUAUUAGUGCACCACAUUAGCUUUGCAACAUGUUAACGUCACGCUCUCUAGAGUGUAACAGUGUCCGUCCACUUUUUCUGUGGCUUUGGUUCUGGAAGUAUUUUUCCCAUUUAUUUUUUCAUAGGGAUUU